AUGCAAGCACUUAAACUGCGAGCUCACAGUUUGAAAAUGCCCGUCCUGCUUUCAUACGUGCUUAUUCUACUAAUCCCAGCUACUAUUGCUAACACCUCCACCACGCGAGUUGGCGAUGUGGAACUCAACCUUUCUGAAGGUAUCUCUAUGACGGGUACGACAUGGAGUGUCAACGGAACCCACGUGAAUGCGUUCCUGGGCAUUCCGUUUGCUAAGCCACCCACAGGAAAGCUGCGAUUCGCUCCACCAGUUGAAGCUGACUUGUGGAAGGGUCAGCUCAAUGCCACAAUGUUGCCCCAUUCAUGUUGGCAAUUUAUUCCUGGCGGAUUUGACGUGGCCAAUCCGGCUGCACGCAUUUGGGUGAACAAUACAGAGAUGAGUGAAGAUUGCCUGUAUUUGAAUGUUUGGGUACCAUCAGACUCAGCAAAGUCUAAUUCACCCCUUCCAGUAAUGGUUUGGAUAUUUGGGGGUGGGUUCUUUAGCGGCACUUCAACGCUGGAUGUCUAUGAUGGAAGGUACCUUGCUGCCACGGAAAACGUUAUCGUGGUGUCUAUGCAGUAUCGACUGGGUCCUUUCGGUUUCCUCUUUGUUGAGUCACAAAUAGAAGGAAAUAUGGGAUUACUCGAUCAACAGCUCGCACUCAAGUGGGUCCAAAAUCAUAUCAGAGCCUUUAAUGGCGACCCUGAGAGAGUGACAUUAUUUGGAGAGUCAGCUGGAGCAGUCAGUGUAGGCCUGCUUUAUCUAGCUCCAAGCUCUCGACCGCUUUUCCAGCGGAUGAUACUCCAAAGCUCCAGUCCCCUGAGUAGGUGGGCUUUGUGGCAAAAACCCGUUGCUCACGAAGCAGGCAUUUCGUUUAUCAAAGCCUGUAACUGCACAGAUAAAGCCCACGAUUUGGCAAAAGAGGUUGAAUGCCUUCGAAAACUACCUGCGAGCGUUCUUUUCGACAAGCUAUCGGAACUCACCGUAGCGUCUACCAAACGACGUGCCAGUCGUCUAACGGCUAUGUCCACUAAGCCCCAGUGGCCGGUGCCGUUUCUUUCCGAUGCAUCACAGUAUUUCGACGUCUACAUGAGACCUGUUCUAGACGGCAAAUUUCUGCCCAACUGUCCCGACACCAUUCUCUCCUCUAUCACUUCAAGCAAUGCGCCUAACGUUCUCAUAGGUAAUGUGGCCAAUGAAGGGAUGUACUGGCUUCUCUACGGUCUGGGAAUAAAAGGAAUAAACUUCCUUCAUGAAAAUGGAACUGUAACAUUGCCGUCUUUAGAAGAGUUAACAAAGGCGAAGAUUGACUAUCUCCAAUUGAUUCAAACUCGUUUCAUCAGCAUUGGCCAGCUGGUUGAACCGUUCCCAGCCAUUGUCACAUUGCAGUAUGGACUCAACAGCCCUGACAUUCCCGAACAGACGUCUUACAAUACAGGUCUGCAGUACAAUGCCCUGACUUCGAAUUUGGCUUUUCUCAAUCGGUUUGACGAUUUGAGUGGAGAAGUGGACUUUGUCUGUCCUACUCUGCUAUUUGCUAGGCUACUUUCAAAAAUCGAGGGGUCGAGCGUACAAUUUUACAACUUUGUGCACAAGACUAAAGGAAGUACUUUCCCUGAAUGGACUGGUGUGAUGCACGGAUAUGAGAUUGAGUAUGUCUUUGGGAUGCCGUUUUCACAAACAUUCACCUCAGAGUACUAUAACUUUACGGAAGAGGAAGCCGAACUCAGUAGGCGAGUCAUGCGAUACUGGGCCAACUUCGCAAGGACUGGCAAUGCGACCGCAGACAUGAAGGGAAUCGACGUUAGUGUGGCGUGGCCUAACUUCCUUCUAACCAACCAGAGCUACCUUGAAAUCGAUCUGACUACAUCAACAGUGAGGAAGUCGCUGCAUGACAAGGGGUGCACCUUCUGGAACGACAUCUUUCCCAGUCUUCAGCGAAUCUAUCUGCGGCGCAGUGGCUACCAGAGUCAUCAACAACUCAAUCCUCCCAACAUUUGCCCCUAUAUGGAGGCCGACCUCUAUCCAGUAGAACGUCUUAGUGACUUCGUAGCUGGCGGUAAGCCAACGCAUUCUUAA